AUGGCGGAUAUAAUUGAGUGGCCAUCGAAGAAAGUGAGGGAGACUUUUAUCAAUUUCUUCAAAGAGAAAUCCCACAAGAACUGGCCAUCCAGUCCAGUUGUCCCUCACAACGAUCCAAGCCUGCUCUUCGCUAAUGCUGGAAUGAACCAGUUCAAACCAAUAUUUUUGGAGAUGGCCGACCCAAAUACCGAACUUGGCAAGCUCAAGCGUGCAUGUAACACUCAAAAGGGUAUUCGUGCGGGUGGAAAACAUAAUGAUCUGGAAGAUGUGGGUAAAGAUACUUACCAUCACACCUUCUUUGAAAUGCUUGGCAACUGGUCAUUUGGAGAUUAUUUCAAGAAAGAGGCCAUUGAAUGGGCUUGGGAGCUUUUAACCGAGGUCUAUGGUUUACCAACUGAUCGAAUUUACGCAACAUAUUUUGAGGGGGACGAGAAAGCUGGCCUUCAACCCGAUAACGAGGCUAAAGAUAUAUGGCUGAAAUUUCUCCCACCUGGACGGGUUCUGCCAUUUGGUUGCAAAGACAACUUCUGGGAGAUGGGCGACACAGGUCCAUGUGGACCUUGUACCGAGAUACACUACGAUCUUGUUGGUAACCGUGAUGCUGCAUCCUUGGUUAACAUGGACGAUCCAACUUGCCUAGAAAUAUGGAAUAUUGUUUUUAUUCAGUUCAACAGAGAAAAGAAAGAUGGCCCACUAAAACCUCUGCCUGCUAAGCAUGUUGAUACCGGAAUGGGUUUCGAGAGAUUGACUUCGGUUCUCCAGAAUAAAAUGAGCAACUAUGAUACAGAUGUUUUCGUUCCCAUCUUUCAUGACAUCCAAAAGGCCACCGGAGCUAGGCCAUACUCUGGUAAAGUUGGCCAAGAUGACGUGGAUAGAGUUGACACGGCUUAUCGAGUGGUUGCUGACCAUAUUAGGACGUUAUCAAUUGCUAUUGCUGAUGGUUCCCGCCCUGGUAACGAGGGCCGUGAACAUGUUUUGAAGCGUAUUCUUCGGCGAGCUAUUCGCUAUGGAAAAGAAAUUCUAAAUGCUGAGGAAGGGUUUUUCAGUGGACUUGUUAGCUCUGUUAUCCGGGUGAUGGGCAACGUUUAUCCAGAGUUGAAGGAACACGAGAAGAAGAUCACUGAGAUAUUACAAGAGGAGGAGGCGAGCUUUUGCAAGACCUUGGAAAAGGGAAUUGAGAAGUUUCAGAAAGCUGCUCAAGUGGUUGAGGGGAAUACUCUGAGUGGAGAGGCAAUGCAUCUACAUUUAAGAUCAUAUGCAUGUCUUAUCUGUGUGUAUCAGUUGAUGGCUGACGAGAAAGGGCUGAUAGUCGAUGUGGACGGCUUCGAUAAAGCCAUGAAUGAGUCGAAGGAUAGAUCGAGAAAUGCCCAGAAAAAUCAAGCUGGCGUUGCCAUUGUUAUGGAUGCUGAUGCUACGACAACAUUGCUCAAAACUGGCGUUACAGCAACAGAUGAUUCUUGUAAAUACAUUUGGUUUCAGGAUCAUGAGACUGAAAUAAGAGCAAUCUACACUGGCUCUGCUUUACUGGAAAGUUUUGGUAGUAAAGACACUGUGGGGCUGGUUUUAGCAUCUACAAGUUUUUAUGCUGAGCAAGGUGGUCAGAUUUAUGACACAGGACUUAUUGAAGGCGCAUUUGGCACAUUCAAAGUAUGCAAUGUACAAACAGUAAAGGGUAUUGUACUUCAUAUUGGCUAUCUUUCUAGUGCAACUGGAGAGGUAUCGGUGGGGGAUGAAGUGACCUGCAAGGUUGACUACGAGAGACGUAAGCUCAUUGCCCGUAACCAUACUUGUACACAUAUGUUGAAUUUUGCACUGAAGAAAGUACUUGGGGGCCAUAUUGAACAGAAAGGAUCAAUAGUUCUUCCUGAAAAAAUUCGAUUUAGUUUUUCCCACGGGAAGCCGAUUGAUCCAAGUGAUUUGAUAAAGAUCGAAUGUAUAGUGAAUAAGAUGAUAGAAGACAAGCUGGGUGUAUAUUCCCAGAAAGCAGCGCUUUCUGAAGCCAAGCGCAUCAAGGGUCUAAGACAAGCAUUGGGUGAAGCCUCCUAUGAUCCUGUUAAAGUGGUGGCAAUUGGGAGACAUGUGGAGGAACUCUUGGCUGAUCCUGAAAACAAUGAAUGGUCGUCACUUUCCACUGAGUUUUGUGGAGGAACCCACAUAGGAAACACUGGGGAAGCCAAAGCGUUUGUUAUUAUAUCGGAGGAGGGAGUGGAAAAAGGUAUUCGUAGGAUAACGGCUAUGAGUGGUCAGUGUGCUCUUGAUGCGAUGAAUCUUGCAUUCUUGCUCGGACAACAAGUAGUUGAUGCAUUGGGGAGUAGUAGUAGUGCACUGGACGAAAAACAGGUUAAGGUUUUGAAAAGACGCUAUGAGGAAGCAGUUAUCCCUGCUGCUAAAAAGGCUGAAAUCAAGGCUAAUAUUUCUCUGCUUCAGGAUCAAGUGCGAAAAGCUCAAAAGAAAAUAGCAGAAGAAAACCGAAAGAAAGCUAUAAAAGUGGCGACAGAGGCUGCUGAGUCCGCAACAGAAGAUGGGAAGAAGUUCUGCGUAAUCGAGCUUGAUGUGGGUUUGGAUUUAGUAGCUGUGCGAGAGGCCGUUUAUGAAGUCAAGGAAAAGAAGGGGAUGUCAAUUAUGGUAUUCAGCACAGAUGUAAUCGCAAACAAGGUGUUUGUGUGUGCCGGAGUUCCGGACAAGCAGGAUCAAUCCAAGCAACUAGACUCUGUUGAAUGGUUGACAACUGCCAUGUGUCCACUAAACGGGAGAUGCGGGAAAGGGAAAGGAAAAGAUGGUCUUGCAUCAGGCCAGGGAACGGAUGCUUCUCAAGUGAAAGCCGCUUUGGAUCUGGCUGCAUCCUUUGCAGCAUUGAAGCUUAACCGGGUGGUGACUACUCCUUGA